CAUAUAACAUAUAUCAAUUUAUAUAUAAUAUAAUUUAAACAUAUAAUAUAAUAUAUUAUAAAUAACUGUUAAAGUAACCAGCGAGACGUUACUCGGAAGAAAAGUGCUUCUGCUGUUUACAUAUUUAUUAUUCCUUUGGGUCCAAGCAGAGCGCGUAGUUAGCUAAUCUCGGAUUUUGGCUGGGCCACAGAUGUGGAAACAGCUUUCCAGCGUUUUUUUGUGAAAAUUCUCGUUUCAUUUGCUGUUUGAUUGUGUCGCUAAUGUUGUCUUCGCGUUUCAUUUGCUUUAAGUUUGCGCGUAUUUGACGACUUUAUUAUAUAGUCUAUAUUUUCUCAUUAAGGGCUCAUUGAUUGCCGAGCGGCGGGCGGAAAGUAUCAAGGUUACUAUAGUGGAAUGUCAUUCGUUCUAUAAUUAAACAUAGCGCGGUGCAAGAGUGUGACAAAAAGAUAAUUAAAAAAUCACUUUGUGAACAUCUUAGCCCUUCAUCUCUUUGGACGCGCUUUUAUUACUCAGCUAACGGUAUUUUGCCAGACAUGACAUCUAUAAUUAGUUCAGUGCAUUCAAUAAAAUGUGCAAUUAUUUAAAUACUCAAAAAUUGUAUGGUUAAGUGCGUUUACAGUUAUUACACUCUUUACUUACUCUUAAAAGUAAAUUUCUUUGAAAUAAAUAGUGUAUAUAUUUGUGGUUAUUAAAAAAUGUUAGUAAAAUUAAAAAAAAAGUGACGCUACUAAACUCAACAAAUUUACAGCAAGCAAGCCAUAACAUGAAAUGCAAUUUGCAAUUAAAGUGAAGUACAACAAUAACGACAAAACAUAUACGCGAGUUUGAGCUAAAACGCGAAAUAACGAAAAAUUGCCGGUUCUUACGAAAAUAAAUGCUUAUUUGAAGCGCCUCCGCACGUCCACGAACAACCCAUACACACACACACACACGCGAACCUACCGAGAAUGCAAACCACAAAUCAAAAUACUUGUGAUACCGCCGAAACUAGCAUAGCAAGAACAAAAACAGAAAACGAAUUUGAUACAACAGCAACAGCAACAGCAACAGCAACAACAACAACAACAAUCAACACUACCAACACACAAAACGAAGCUUUUGCAAACUACAAUGUUGUUGUAGACAAUCUUUAUGCACAACAUAACAACCUUAACGUAUUAGCUGUAAGCACUACAUUAACACCAAAUACACUGAAAAUAUUAGCAGCCACACCGAUGGACCAAAGACCGCAACUGGAUGAGGACAAUGAGAAUUGUGUGAUUGAUAUUGCCACCAUGCAAAUCGCUGACGAUAGCAAUAAUACUGCCGCAAUGUCAGCCUUAAGUGGCGACAGCAACAACAAAUACAGCUAUACAAAUGAGCAUAGUGAGUCUGGCUGCGAACGUAUAGCGGGUGAUGCGAAAGGCGAAAUCGAUAUAGCAACAGAUGCGGAAAUGGAAAGCGAUGGCGAUGUCAAUGGUGAAGGUGAAGGAGAGCGCGAAGAAGGUAGUGUACAAAUCGAGGCUGAGCCGCGUAGCGAUAAUGAUGAGGAGGAAGUGGCAAACCAAUAUUUGAAUGAAAUUGAGAUUAGCAAAGUCGAUGAAGAGCAAAUCAUUACCGAGCUGGUGGAUGCCAGCGGCCAAGGAAGCUGCACGGAAGCUAGUAAGCAAAGCAACGGUAUGCGUGUCGCUUUCGGUAUAAUCUUAAGACUAAUGUUGCCACUUGCUAACAGCGUAAUGCGCAGCUUCAAGGGUAUACGCGAUGUGCGGUUUCAACGUGUACUAAGAUCAAUUACUUCCAGCCGACAGGUGCUCACCAAUCUAAUGGCAUUUGCUGCCAAUUCCAUAUCGUUGAACUUGUCGUCGGUGCACGUCUCACAGCGUAUAGAACCAAUUUUGAAACUUCUCAAAAUACGACAAGCGCGCGAUGGUAUUGAAAGUCUUCCCGACAUGCCUUCCAUCGAUAUUGCACCAUGUUUUCCAACCGCUACACCACCGCCAACUCCAACAACACCCGGCACCCCGACUAUGCCAAUAUUCUCGCCCUUUCUAAAUGAGCCUUCCAUAGUUAUGGCAAAUUUUUCGACGGACAAGCGAAAAGCUACGCUGCCACAUACGCCAGCACCAAAAUGUUGCACGAUAAAAAUAUUAGCAGAACCACCACCUGGCCAACCCAUACGCGCUGACAUUAUCUUCAUACAUGGACUGCACGGUUCAUUGGUGAACACAUGGAAACAGGGACUUUGGGAAAACGAGCGUCAACCCGAAAAUUUCGAACGACCACCGAAGCCACCUGUGCGACCACCGAAGCGGCCAAAACAUUCUCGAGCUGCCCUACUACAUCCGCCACACAAGCAAAAACGCGCAAGAUUUGCUCAAGGCGAUCCGAGUCAACGCGCCACACUGGAGGCAAUGGAAAGUGAUGAAAUCAACAAUUUGGAUGAUGGUUUUUUCGAUGCGACUGAGCAUGAACUGAAAGAGGGUGUUUCAUAUGUUUGUGGCGCGCCAGAAGACAUACAAAAUUGUGAUGGCAUCGAGUAUAGUUUUCCCACAUUCCGACUGCGUUUGAACGAUAACGGUCGACUGCUCCAAGGUCAAUUCGACAAGAUGCAUGAUAGUCCCAUUGAUGGUUGCUCCGGUGAACCACACGUGAGUCAAACACAGCCUGCCAGCGAUAGUCCCAAGGCGAAAGGCAAAGGCAAAGCGAAACCUACGGCGAAUGAUCCAAAUUAUUCAAAAUGUUGGCCGGGUGAUUGGCUGCCCUUAGACUGCCCCGGUGUACGCGUUAUCGCCGUAAACUAUACUACCGAUCAAUAUUUGUGGCGUCCCUUGUGGAAAAAGAAGGAGCCCCGUUCGAACCUCAUUGAGCGUGCACGCGAAAUGACCGAGUUGCUGAUAAAACAUCGUAUUGGUUGUGGUCAACCGAUUGUGUGGGUGGGUCACUCCAAAGGUGGCCUGUUCAUUAAGCAAAUCAUAGUCAAUGCUUGGGAGAGUGGUCGUCCUGCAGUGGCGCCGCUCUGGCGCUCUUCACGUGGCGUAUUUUUCUAUUCCGUUCCGCACCGUGGCUCACAUUUGGCUUGCAUAAAAGCGCCGCUGCUGGCACGCUCUGUCGAAAUGUUGGACAUUGAGAAGAACAACAAAUAUUUAUUGGAUCUGCAUCGACGCUUUGCGGGCCUCUAUCAUUUGGGCCACAUUAAAAUUGAGGUAUUCAGCUUUGUGGAGACGGCGUUGACACUGAUGUCAGUGCUCUAUCUGCGCAUUGUCGGAGUGGAUUCAGCAGAUCCCGGAUUUGGUGAUGUAUGCGGCAUACGCUUGGAUCAUCGCGAGAUUUGUAAGCCGCGUAGCCGAGACUGCAUUCUAUACAAAGAAUUAGUUAAAAUGAUUAAAAAAGUAUACUAAAAUCAAGAAACAAAUUUAGAAUUAGUAAGAAGUAACUAAAUAGAAACUGUUAGUACCUUAUUAUUUUAAAGUAUAAUGCUGUGGACAAUGCUUAAUUAAAAUUGUGAAAGUAAAUA